CCGCACUGGCUUUACUUGUGUGCUUAAUUAGGGGCCGGGCGAGAGUCACGUUGGCAAAGGGAGAGAAAGACAAAAGGACCUCGUUUUGUUGUUCCCCCCCCACCACACCCCCCACCCGGAUUUUACGAUUUUGGCGCGAAGAUGGCGUUUGUGGAGCCGCCAAGCAAGGAAAACGUGCGACCUGUGAACGGAGCCAGUGACGUGGAGAUGAUCGGGAUCGGGAUUGGUACUCCGCCGAAGGCCGUUGGUGGCGGUAUUCAAGCCUCACCGGAGAAAAGCCGCAGGCUGUCUCGGGCAUCCAAGCUGGAAGCGGAGAAGGAGGUGUUCGUCUCAGCGAUUAAAAAUUACCGGGGAGGCGAUCCUUUGCAGCCAUGGGUGUCGUACUUGAAAUGGCUGAAGGAGAACUACCCCCCCGAUGAAGUAAAGCGUCAGAGGCGCCCUUUUCUGGAGGGAUGUGCUUGGACCUUCAGUGAAGAUGAUCAGUAUCGUGACGACUUUCGGUAUCUACGAGUGUGGGUGCAGUACGCAGCAUGUGAAGAAGAUCCAACGCACAUAUUCAAGUUCUUGGAAGAGAAGAAGAUUGGGCAUGGCUAUGCGCUGUACUACGAAGCCUAUGCGGUUCAUUGCGAGACCAUAUACUUGCACGAACGAGCGAGGGAAAUGUACCAACUGGGGAUAGCUAGAGAAGCUUAUCCCGUGGAAAGGCUGAAGACUAAAGUGGAGGAAUUUAUGGACAGAAUGAAGAUCAGAGUGAGGAGGGAGUUGCGGAGGUUGGAGCACUCGAAAGCAGCCAACGAGGAGUUGCUGCAGUCGUUCGCGGAUUUGAUACCUGAGGUCGUUGCCUCCACCUCUUUCUCCUCCCUCCCCUCCCUCCCCUUCAUGACUGGGCGUAGCAAUAAACACGGGGAGGAAUUCGUGGAACAACUAAACUGCCGUCCUGAUUCACAGCAACAGCAGCAACAGCAGCAACAACAGCAACAGCAGCAACCCUCCUUCUCCUCCUUCUCCUCCCUCUCCUCUUUCUCCUCCCUCCCCUCCCUCCCUUCCAUGACUCGUCGUAGCAAUGAACAAGAGGAGGGAUUUGGGCAACAACUAAACUGCGGUCCUCAUUCACUGCAACAGCAGCAACAACAGCAACAGCAGCAACGGCAGCAACAGCAGCAACGUCAGCAACCCUCCUUCUCCUCCUUCUCCUCCUCCUCUUUCUCCUCCCUCCCCUCCCUACCUUCCAUGACUGGGCGUAGCAAUAAACAAGAGGAGGGAUUUGGGCAACAACUAAACUGCGGUCCUCAUUCACUGCAACAGCAGCAGCAGCAGCAGCAGCAGCAGCAGCAGCAGCAGCAAAGGCAGCAGCAGCAGCAACAUCAGCAACAUCAGCAGGAACAGAAGCGACAGCAGUUGUAUGUACGGCCAUCCAGUGGUCAUAAGAUGAAGCAGAGCACACUGCUGAGUAGUACGGAUAAGGUGGUGUUACAGGUGUUUGAAGAGGCAAGUACGCUGCCAGUAUCACGAAAUGGUGCGCCAGCGUUUGUCAAGCCGGAGGAGAAUGGCAUAGGAGAGAAGAGUGGGAGUAACCUUGCAGGAGCAGGAAGAGGUGGAGAUCAACUGAGGGGAUUCAACGAGGGGUACAAAACCGAUAGACUGAGUGCGAUGGCCCUGGCGGCCAGGAAGGAAAGAUCGCAGGGAUCCGGACAGUCACCGUCGGGAGAAAGGAUGCUUGGAAAGAAGUGGUUGACAUCAACGACAGCUUCUGCUCCGCUGGAGGUGUUUCAGGACUCGCAGAUGAUUGUCGAACAGGAAUUCCGCCCGGAAAGUCACAACGGGGCGAGCUCGAUGAAACAGCCGACCAUGGCCUUUCGACUUCGAGAGAUUGAUGGGGCCGGCCCAAGCGAGAUGGAUACCGGGGGGGAUGCAAGGCCGGGCCGCCGUGAGCUGUCUGAGGAGAUCCAGGAGGUGGAAAGAGACCCACCGAAACACUUCGUCGUGGUUGAAUCUGAUAGAAGCGAUUUGCUGGCAGAGGGGGCGCGAGCAAGGACUGAAGUUCGGUGGGGUCCUGCUUCGUGCCACAGGGACCUGCAGGAGGAGGAAUCGGAAGGAGGAGGAGAGCUAUCAGGUGUGAUACCACCGGGGGGGACACCUGUCCCAUUCGCAGGAGGAGGACAUCAAGAUACCAACGUUGUUGCGGCGGCAGCGGCGCUUGGUCAUCCUCCAUUUCCACCUGCCGCUGUUUCCUCUCCUUCUUCUUUACCCGAUACCUCAUUGCCUACUUCCCCUCGUCCUGCUGUGCCAGCCAGAGGUAAUCUGAUUUCGUCAGAGCCCGUGCUGCGGUCUUCGAUGCCACCACUACCUCCGACAUCGAGUGCUGCAGUAGCAGCCCACGCGCACUCGUUACCUGAGAGUCGCUCGGGAAGUGACGAGGGCUUCAGACAUAGAUGCUGGGGCUGUGACCCGGCAAUUUUCCUCCAGCCGAGAGCCAUCUCCUUCGAAGAAUACGGAUGGAUGGUGAUUCAGCAAAGGUCAGCAGCAGAAGCAGCAGAAGCAGACAAGAGUACUUUGACAGCUGCAGCUUUGCCGGUCGUGGAGAGCGCUCCUCCGCAGUCAUUGGAAGGGAAUUGCAAUGCGUCUUCUCGGUUUCCUCUGCCUCGUUCUGAUACCUCUAGUUCGCGGUCACGGUCGAGCCUCCUCCCCCUGUCUGCUGCCGGAGCUGCGGAUGCGAUCCCAAUGGAGGUUGGAUGGCGAGAGCAGAGAAUGCAGGAGGAUAUGGCGGCGGCGGUCGAAGAUGACGGAGUGGAGAGGGCACCUCCAGGACCCGGGCUCAACGCGAUGAACAGAACGGAUACUGUUGUGGAUUGUGGACCUUCAGCAGCCGCCUGGGAACGGACAGCUGAGGAGGUGAGUCAGCCGACCGUUGACGUCACUCAGUCGAUCACUCAAGCCAUAGAUGCCACGGCAUUCAAGCUGCUUCGCGGGCCGUUGAUGGGGUUGCCAAGGAAGGGGCGAAGAGAUGGGCAUGAUAAUGAUGAUGGAGAUGAUGAUGAAGAAGAUGACAAUGAGGAAGCCGAGGAGGAGGAGGAGGAGGAGGAGGAGGAGGAGGAGGAGGAGGAGGAGGAGGAGGAGAACGACAAGAAUGUGUUUGGUGAUCAGGUUGAUCCAUGUGAGCGAACGGUGUUCACAAGGGAGGCUGUGGACGACAUCCUCUCGAUGUUUUCUGGCGACAUGCCUCACGUGAGAGUGGGGCAGGGGGGGAAGAAGUGUAGGCCUCAAACAAUGGCAGGAGGGGGAGAAAUCUUGAAAUGUGGUUCCGUAGGGGGAGGGGUAUUGGGCCUAGGUGGCCCUCUGACAGUGUUUGUGGACGAAGGGGAGAGUGGAGUUGGUGGGGAAGGUGGGGGAACAAGACCAGCCGUCUUCAGCCAGAAGCCUGGUAGUCAGAGGGAGAAGAUGACCCUCCUCGAGGUAUUCGAGGACGGGCAAAGCCUUGGUGAAGAACGGGAGCCGGGAAGAGGAAGGAGGAUGCGAGGAAGCGAACCUGGGCUCGUUGAAAAGGGAAGUGCAGAAGAGAGAACAGCCGAACGGAUCUAUGGAAGACGUGCUGGGUUGUCGUUGCAAGCUGGUGGCUCUGCCAGCCAGCUGUCAGCAGCAGCUCGUCCUCUUUGCUCAGAGAGUGGGUCUGGUGGUGAUAGAGCAAAUCUGGCCUCCGCUUGUGGUCGGUCAGGAAGCGGCGGCUUUGCUGGUGCUAGAUCGAAUUUCGGACUCGGCGGAGGUGAGCUGGCCGUGUAUGGCGACGAGAACGAGAUGGGAGAGAGGGAGGUGCAGCAGAUGCGUAAGAGGAAAGAAUCGCGACAUUUCGGGGACGGAGAGGACAAAGACCGUUCGUGGAAGAUCUCUACAUCGAACUUGGGAAAUCGGGACACCAGCCGUGCUCGGCCUGAGACGCUACUUGUCUAUGAUGACGGCGACUCAAGGAUGGAUGAGAGUGUCUUACCUGCAGCAGACGGAGACGAAGGGCGAGGGCUAGGAGGGCGGUUCCCGUCAACGUGUCUCUCUAUUUAUCCAGGAGAAGGAUUGGAUCAAGCAAACAUUGAUGGCGAUGGCUGUUCAGCUGGGAUAGACAAGCGAGGGGAUGGAAGACACAUGGACAUGCAAGGAGGAGGAGGAGGAGGAGAAUCCCGGCAGCUGGGGGGGAUUCUCGCCAAUCAUCAGGAGGAAAUGGAUCUGGAUAAAACUGGAGACGGUCACUCUUGUGACAUGGGUACAGAAACCGAGAGAGAAGUAUCGACUGAAGAGAAAGGAGGCAGUGGAGGAGGAAGAGGAGGGGGGCGACGAUUCAUAGGUCUGCCCCCCCGAGAACAAGAGACACUUUUGGAGGAGAAGACCAGUGAUGCGCGAGUGAAUGGGAUGUUAAAGAUGGACCAGGAGAAAGUCGUGCAGUUGGGAAAGGGAGGGCGACAGCCACUGGGCCUCUCCAUUCAUCCGGAGGAGGAGGAGGAGGAUGAGGAGGAGGAGAAUCGCGCCCCGGGGAGUGUUGGUGCUGUGGCAUUUCGGCAGGAUGGGAAGAAGGGAUUGGCAGCAGUGAGAGACUCAACCGGGUUGCAGGAGUUGCACAAAGGGAGAGAGGAGAACAGUGUGGGUGACAUCAAGGGGCUUUGCGUCGCUGAUGGGUCUGUAGUCUCGAUGGCAGACAUGGACGAUGAAAGGACGGCAAGGGAUGCCAUGAUGGAGGAGGAUGAAGAUCUACGGAGCGUCGAGCGAGGCAGCAAAGGUUUUCCCUCUGACAAGUCCGGUGAACACGUAAGAGAGGAAUGGGGGGUGCAGCAGGAGCGUGUUUCACCCCAUGGAGAAAGCAGGGAGUCGCUUAGUAUUGAAGCGGAAGGCGAGGAGCAAGUGGGGGAGGAGAGGAGCAGCGCUCAAGGUGUGUCUAAGGUUCCCCUUCCCCCCUCCGGGCAAUCACCAAGGCAAGGCGAAACAGCAGCUGCUAGAGGGGCCCGCUUGCUCAAGGAAGAAGAGGUGGUCAGCGAGAUGAGGGAAAGUGUAUCGAAGCUCUCUCUCAUGCUAGAGGAUGAAGGCGACAAUGUGUCGAGAAGCAGCCUCCCAGACACAGACGGCGUCGAAUGUCCCUUGGAUGGUGGGACGGGACCACCACCUAGGGAUGGGAGCGCGAUUAGGACCGCUGGUGGUGUUGCCCCAACCCAACUGUUGUAUGUGAAAGAAGAGGAAGAGGACUCCCGUUCAAAAAACCUUGUCCCCGCUGGUAACUUUGACGAGCAGCAGAAGGGGAUGGACGGGUGUGAACAAGCAAUGCAGAGGGAUCCCGAUCCUGUGAUUGGGACUCAGUUGGUCGACCCAUGGGAGGACUCACUGCGCGAGUCCUUGGAGGAGAUGGCCUUGACUUCUCUCCUCCAUUCCCCGGGCUUGGUCGAUCUUCGCAGAGAACGCUUUCCGCAUGCCAGAAAUCUGCAUGACAUUGAGAAACGGAGAAUCAGGAAGGCCACGUUGACACUGGACCGAAGCACGUUCACAGUUCGAGAAUGUGUUGGCACCGGAGCAUGGGGCAGUAUCUUCUAUGCGACUCCUAGUUUGGAAGAUGGAGACGAGGGGAAGGAUGAGCGGAUGGAGGAGGAGGAUGAAGGAGGGUAUCAGCAUGCUCGGGCUGAGAGAAGUCCUUGCUUGGCCUUGAAGUAUCAGAAACCUGCCUGUCCUUGGGAGUUUUAUCUCUAUUCCCAACUCGACCUUCGGAUACCUCCAGAGGAGAGGCAAUCGUUUGGUUCUGCAUCGAGUUUGUGGCUUUUCUCCGACUGCAGUGUGAUGAGCUGUGAGUACCUUGCUUACGGCACCCUGCAGGACGCUCUCAACCUCGAUCUUGAGGCCAAUCGGCGAUGGAGAGAGCCUAUGUGUCUAUUCUACACCAUCGAGUUACUGCGUAUGAUUGAGAUUUUGCACGCAAAUGGCUUCAUCCAUGCGGAUCUUAAGCCGGACAAUUUGCUCAUGAGAGUUCACCGCGAUGAGUGGACCAAGUGGCAGCCAGGUCGGCCUGCAGAAUGGAAGAAAAGAGGGUUGUGUCUCAUAGACUGGGGGCGAAGCAUUGACCUGGCUGUGUUCCCGGAGGGGGUGCAGUUUCAGGGGGACUGCAUGACCGAGUCGUUCCGCUGCAGUGAGAUGGUGGAACGGAGGUCGUGGAAGUACCAAACAGAUGCGUUCAACCUCUGCGGAGUGGCACAUUGCAUGCUGAUGGGGACGUACAUGGAGGUGGAGAAGAGGGGGAAGGGUGGCCGCUAUGCUCCCAAAGAGGUCUUGCGGCGAAGAGGAUGGAAUCAUGCGUUGUGGAGCGAGUUUUUCGAAACUUUGCUUAACAUGGAGGAUGGAUGCCAACGGGCACCCACGGCUGGCCUAGCCAGAGUCCGACAGGAGAUGGAAGCAUACCUUCUAAGUGACCGUGCCUUCCUCAAGGAUCUGGAAUUGUCGCUGCAGUUCCAGUACACGGGAUUGGCCCAGAAGUUUUCCCGACAUCCACGAGGCGGGCGACAUUGAGCAAUUCAUGCACAUGCCUGCCUCCAUCACUCCACGACAAGCUGGCACCGCACUGCAGUGCUGUUCUCAUGACUGUUUACGCAUUGCGUCGCUGUUCGCAUUAC